ACCGAGGAAGAGGGGUUAAAGACGAAGAAGAGUUUGAGGGUUCCCGGGUGUUGAACCGCUCCACAGACUCUCAUACACCCAAAACAGAACCUCAAAGACCCCAUGAAAGACCAGCACAGACCGGGCUCCCACUGUCCCCGAUGCCCGUGAAUCAAGCGCCCUUUACGCUGGACAGAUGACCGAGAGCCGCGCUGUCCGUUCACCUACUAUGGUGUCUGAUUGGAGCUAACGCCUUUGAAUCACUACAUCAUCAACCAAAGACCCAGAGUGAUGGAGGAAGGAGCAGAACUGAUGAAGGACAUAGUGUUUCGAGGUGUGGAGUUUGCUGUUAAGAUGGAAGUGGACAAUGGCUUGUUGAUUGUUGAAAUUUCUGACUCUACAACAGCAGAUCAAUGGAGGGGGGAAUUUGAUCCAGCAUAUAUUGAAGACCUCACCCGAAAAACUGGCAACUUCAAGCAGUUUGCUAUAUUCUGUAGUAUGUUGGAAUCAGCUGUUAAAAGGUCAAGUGAUUCAGUCACACUGGACCUCCUGACCUAUGCUGAUCUGGAGCUGCUGCGAAACAGAAAGGCAGGAGUGGUCAGUCGGCCUCGUACCAAUCAACAGUCCUCUGCCCUGACCGCCAAGCGAUAUCUCAUCCUCAUUUACACCGUUGAGUUUGACCGGAUCCAUUACCCGUUACCGCUACCCUAUAUUGGAAAACCAGACCCUGCUGUACUACAAAAAGAAAUCAGAGCUUUAAGGGGGGAACUGGGCGCAGUCACCUCUCAGGGAAUCAACAAAUCAGACAAAAUGGAAAUACAGAGGCUACGAGAAGAGUUGUUGCUGGUAAAAGAAGAGAAGGAUGCCAUGACUAAAGUUUUGGAGAGACUUCAGAUUGGAGGGGGUAUAGUGACCCCUGGGAGAGAAGAGUGGAGAAGUCGAGAUGUGGUCCGAUCUCUUGAGGAGCAACUUGUGAAAGAAAGGGCCAAGAACCAGCGCUCUGCAAGUAAAAGGAGUCAGGAGCAGAGACUUCUGAUGGAACAGUUUGAGGAGCUGCGUGCAUCUGAAUGUGCCCUCAGAGCUCGUGUCAAGAGUCUCACCAAUGAACUGGCAAUGCUGCGGAGAGGAAAAGUGACUCCAGUUUCCAGUCACGUCACUUCUCGACUUGAAGGUGAAGUCUAUCGAUCUUUGUCCCAAGAGAGGAGAUCUGGAUAUGAGGUGGUCCGAGCGCGGUCGGGGUCCAGGGAGCGGAUGGGGGACAGGAUUCAAAGGUCCGAGGAGCGAGGCAGAAGAUCAGACUCAACAGGACCAAGAGGCCGAAUACCUAGACCGUCUCCGUCUCCCACGGGUUCAAGAGGUUCUCGCUUUGAUCCAACUGCUUAUAUCCAGGACAAACAACGCAGACAGAAAGAAGCAGAAAUCAAGAAACAAAGAAAAAUGCGGAAGGACAUGCUAGCGUCACCAGUUUUCCAUGAAAGGGGUCGUUCACGCUCCAGAGAGCCUCUGAUGGCACGGUCGGGCAGCCGAGGGAGGAGCUUGUCUGUAGAGAGGAGGCUGAGCCGAAACUCUUCAGAAAGUUCAUUAGUCGACAUGGACGAAAUGACAAAAACAUUUUUAAGAGGAAGAAAACCAAUGUACAAUGGACCUAGUGUGUCUAGAGGAGGCCUUGUGACCCGGAAGCCAUUAUGUAGCACACCAACACAAAGAUUAAGAGACAAAGAGAGCUCUAUUGACACUGGGGCAGAGUUGUCCGAGAUUGAUGCCAGGCUGCAAGCACUUCAGGAGUACAUGAGGGACUUGGACACUGGACGUUAGAAAUUUUCUGUUGGGCAAAAUUUGU